UGACGGACAUCUCGUGAGCAGAACCUUAUCGGGAUGCUGUGCUCUGGUAGCAUCAGUCUGGUCAGAAGUGGCCACCAAAUAGCAUCUAGGAUACUAUCUUUGAUGUUGACUCCGUGACCAAAUGACGCGCCUCCCGCCUAUGGAUGCUGUAGAGUUGAAACCCUUCCUUUCCCGACUUUCCAACUCGAUUACCGAACCACUCACAAAACCAUACCAACAGUACCAACAACACACAAUCACCAUGCCUUGGUGGACGGAGAAGAGAAAGCCCGGCUUUCCCCAGCGAAAGCUCUGCCUUUGCCACCCGAAGGUGGCAUUUGCCAACGCAGAGAUCCGUUCGGGGUUUUUCGAAGUCCUCUCUACCGUUGUAGAAUAGGACGAAGAAGAUGAGUGUAAGCAUUGAUC